AUGGCAGCUAACGUGGAUGCGAAGCUGCUCAAGCAGACCAAGUUUCCUCCGGAGUUCAAUACGAAAGUGGACAUGAACAAAGUCAACAUUGAGGUCAUGAAAAAAUGGAUUGCAGGAAAGAUUUCGGAUAUUCUAGGCAACGAAGAUGAUGUUGUCAUUGAAUUGUGUUUUAAUCUGCUUGAGGGCUCGCGAUUCCCGAAUAUAAAGCAUUUACAGAUACAACUUACCGGAUUUCUGGACAAGGACACGCCGAAAUUUUGUAAGGACUUGUGGAGCCUAUGCAUCAGCGCGCAAAGCAACCCGCAGGGCGUGCCGAAAGAAUUGCUUGAAGCCAAGAAAUUAGAAUUAAUGCAGGAAAAGGUCGCCAUCAUAUCGGCUGGGCUGUUUGAAGAAUACCUAUACUGA